GCUGCUGGUUUGGAGUGGCGCGCGGUGAGAACCUGUUUUACCUUUAAAGCUUCGUGUUCUUCUGGUUAGAGGUUCUGUGAGUUCUGUCGGCUCCACCUGGGUCAGCUUCUGCCUGACAGUGUGACACCUGAGCCACGCCUCCACCCGAGCCACGCCUCCACCCGAGCCACGGCCCCACCUGCGCUGCCAUGGCCACCUUCCCAGAGUACAUUGCUCAGAACGAGGAGCGUGACGGAGUCCGCUUCAGCUGGAACGUGUGGCCCUCCAGCCGGUUGGAGGCGACCCGCAUGGUGGUCCCGGUGGCGGCCCUGUUCACGCCCCUGAAGGAGCGCAGCGACCUGCCCCCGAUCCAAUACGAGCCGGUCCUGUGCAGCCGGGCCACCUGCCGGGCCGUCCUCAACCCCCUCUGCCAGGUGGACUACAGGGCCAAGCUGUGGGCCUGCAACUUCUGUUACCAGAGGAACCAGUUUCCUCCGUCCUAUGCUGGGAUCUCAGAGCUGAACCAGCCCGCUGAGCUGCUGCCCCACUUCUCCACCAUCGAAUACGUGGUCCAGCGAGGCCCUCAGAUGCCGCUGGUCUUCCUGUACCUGGUGGACACCUGCAUGGAGGACGAGGACCUGCAGGCCCUGAAGGAGUCCCUGCAGAUGUCCCUGUCCCUGCUGCCCCCCACUGCUCUGGUGGGACUCAUCACCUUCGGACGCAUGGUCCAGGUCCACGAGCUGGGCUGCGAGGGGAUCUCCAAAAGUUACGUCUUCAGGGGGACCAAAGACCUGAACGCCAAGCAGCUGCAGGAGAUGCUCGGUCUUACAAAGUCCUCCGGUGCUCAGGGACGAGGACCUCAAACGCCCCAGCAGCCUCUGUCCAACAGGUUUCUGCAGCCGGUGCAGAAGAUCGACAUGAACCUGACCGACCUCCUGAGCGAGCUGCAGCGGGACCCCUGGCCCGUCACGCAGGGCAAGAGGCCCCUGCGCUCUCUGGGCGUGGCCAUGUCCAUCGCUGUGGGACUGCUGGAGUGCACCUUCCCCAACACCGGGGCCCGGAUUAUGACGUUCAUCGGGGGGCCGGCAACGCAGGGGCCGGGCAUGGUGGUGGGGGACGAGCUGAAGACCCCCAUCAGGUCCUGGCAUGACAUCGAGAAGGACAACGCCAAGUUCAUGAAGAAAGCUACCAAACACUUUGAGACCCUUGCCAACAGAGCGUCCUCAAACGGUCACAUCAUCGACAUCUACGCCUGCGCUCUGGAUCAGACGGGCCUGCUGGAAAUGAAAUGCUGCCCCAAUCACACCGGGGGCUACAUGGUGAUGGCCGACUCCUUCAACACGUCUCUGUUCAAACAAACCUUCCAAAGAGUUUUCACCAAAGACGUUCAGGGAUCGUUCAAGAUGGCGUUCACCGCCACGCUGGAGGUCAAGACAUCCAGGGAGAUCAAAGUGUGUGGAGCCAUCGGCCCGUGUGUGACUCUGAACGCCAAAGGAUCCUGUGUUUCUGAAAACGAAAUCGGGACGGGAGGAACGUGUCAGUGGAAGAUCUGCGGUUUGGAUCCAAACACCACUCUGGCUCUGUACUUUGAAGUCGUGAACCAGCACAACGCUCCAAUCCCUCAAGGCGGCCGUGGGGCGAUCCAGUUCGUCACUCAGUACCAACACUCGUCAGGACAGAGACGCAUUCGGGUCACCACAACUGCCAGGAAUUGGGCCGAUGCUCAGACUCAGAUUCAGAGCAUCGCAGCGUCCUUUGAUCAGGAGGCGGCGGCCAUCUUGAUGGCGAGGUUGGCGGUGUACCGGGCGGAGACGGAGGAGGGUCCUGAUGUCCUCAGGUGGCUGGACAGACAGUUGAUCCGACUGUGUCAGAAGUUCGGAGAUUACCACAAAGACGAUCCGAACUCCUUCAGGUUCUCCGAGACGUUCUCCCUCUACCCUCAGUUCAUGUUCCACCUGCGGCGCUCGCCGUUCCUGCAGGUGUUCAACAACAGCCCCGAUGAGAGUUCCUACUACAGACAUCACUUCAACAGACAGGACCUGACCCAGGCCCUCAUCAUGAUCCAGCCCGUCCUCUACGCCUACUCCUUCAACGGACCGCCCGAGCCGGUUCUGUUGGACAGCAGCAGCAUCCUGCCGGACCGAAUCCUUCUGAUGGACACGUUCUUCCAGAUCGUCAUCUACCACGGAGAGACUGUAGCUCAGUGGAAGAAGGCCAGGUACCAGGACAUGCCCGAGUAYGAGAACUUCAAACACCUGCUGCAGGCGCCGGUGGACGACGCCCAGGAGCUGCUGCACACCCGCUUCCCCAUGCCCAGGUACAUCGACACGGAGCACGGCGGCAGCCAGGCUCGCUUCCUGCUCUCCAAAGUCAAYCCCUCCCAGACCCACAACAACAUGUACGCCUGGGGACAGGAGUCAGGAGCGCCCAUCCUCACAGAUGACGUCAGCCUUCAGGUGUUCAUGGAUCACCUGAAGAAGCUGGCMGUCUCCAGCGCCGCCUGAACGCUCCUCGUCUUCCCUCCAGCUGCCUGAGGCGCCGUGAAAACACCAACAAGCGUUUUAACUACUUCCUGUCAGCAGCAGGACCUGAACGUCUCUGCUGCUCAGACACCGUUUACAAGUUUAAUAUGUCAAGCUCUUAUUGUGAAAGGUUCACAGGAGGAGGAGUCUAGUGUUUCGUUUUUUUUUUGUGUGUUGCAAUCAUUUCAUAUCGUUAUAUWUGACUCUCAGCUACUACCACCAGUUCAGCUUCAUUUCUGUCCUCUUCAAUCAUGUUUACAUGGAAAGUAAAGUUUUGUUAAAACCAGUUUGGAAUAAAUGGGAUGUUUUAAGACACUUACCUGCUCGCCCCUCUGUCAUGGCAGCAGGUGGUGAAUGUGUGGAACCUGUUAAAGAGACAAACCUUCAGACACACAAAACUGACUGAUAUAAAAUGUUUAAAUAUUAUUAUUAUUAUCAUCAUUAUUAUUAUUAUUAUUAAUGAUUGUCAUCAGUUUGUUCACUUCCUGUCUCUCUCCAGGAUUGUAUUAAAGCUUUGGAGCUCUAC